AUGGCAGCGUGUCGGAUGACGCUGGAGAAGGUGGUGCAGGUGGAGGGCGUGGAGGUCAGUCUCGACGCUCUGUGGACCACUCCCGAAGGCCACACCACCUUUGGUGCGGAGAAGGCCAAGGUCACGAUCCACGUGCGCAAGCGCGCCACCAGGCUCGUGGAGGCCCGGUCCACCCGCGUCCAGAUCAAGCGGACCCGGCAGUUCUUCGUCGAGCAGGAAAGCCACGACGCUACAAUGGGAACGGGGUGUCAGUUGGUGGCAUCGCCCUGGGCUCAGCACCUGAAGCCGUCGCCCACGCUCGCCAUCAAGGAGGUCGCCGACCAGCUCAAGCUAUCAGGCGUGGAGGUGUUCGACUUUGGCGUGGGCGAGAUGAACCCGUACGUCCCGGUGCCCCUCGCCCUGCGGCAGGCGAUCGCCGCCGCCCAGCUGGCCGAGUCCCACAGCCACUACACCGCCGCCUCCGGCGACAACUCACUGCUCGAGGCGCUGAGCGAGGACUUCCGCAGGUUCGGCAUGACCUACGCGCCGCACGAGAUCGUCGUCUGCCCAGGACCCAAGGACGCCAUCUUCAAGGCGUGUAUAGCGCUGGUCAACCCGGCAAUGCCCCGCAACAGGGUGGUUGCAUUUGCGCCGUCCUACGAAGCCUUCGAGAACGUGCCCCCGCUGACCACCGGCAAGCCCGCCAUCAUCUUGCCCACCGACGACCGCUUCUUCCCCAAAGUCGACGAGUUGGAGCGCCUGCUGGCCACGGACCCAACGAUCGCCAUCAUCAUCGUCAACUCGCCGAACAACCCCACGGGGGUGGUCUACCCCGCAUCCCUCAUCGCCGAUUUGGCCCAGGUGAUCGGCGAGUAUCCGCAGGUGGCGGUCAUCUCUGACGAGAGCUAUCGAACCGCCAUCUACAGUGACGAGCCCUACAGCAGCAUCGCGCACCACCUCCCGCUCCAGACGCUCGUCGUCGCCGGCAUCUCCAAGGAGCUGAGCUCCACCGGCCUUCGCCUGGGCUGGGUGGCGGGACCCGCGCAGAUCAUCCGAGUGAUCGCCAACGUGCACGGCAACGCCACGUCGUGCGUCAACCUGCCCGUGCAGGUCGGCCUCGCCCAGUUCCUGCGGUACCGACCAACCGACCACCCAAUCUACCAGAUUCAGCUGGCCCGACUGAAGGUCUCACAAACGCGCAGGGCCGAGCGGGACAUGGAGAGCCGCAAGGAGAUCAAGAGACAGCUGCAGCUGCGGCGCGACAUCGCCCUGGAGCUCUUCUCCUCGCUGCCUCACCUCAAACGCUGCAAGCUUACGGCGAGCCAGGGCGCGUUCUACUUGUUCCCCGACGUCACGGCCUUCCUCGACACCCGCGCGCCAUCGGUCGACGAGGCCGACGCGGCGGAGGUGAUUCGCACGGACAAGGAGCUGGCGCUGUACCUCCUGCGGGCGGCCAAGGUGGUGGCCAUCCCCGGCAGCCA